AGUUCUUUGUGGUGGAGCCUGUGACUUUCUUCUCGUUACAAGGUUAAGCGCGAGGAUAAGCUGUGUACCCCCCCUCUGCCAAGAUCUGCUGCAUGAGCAGACAGGAGAACUACAGAGGUGAAGAACCACUGGACUGCUCACACAUGUCAAGAGAAAAGCACAUGACUCUUCUGUGACGCUUGAACAUUUCAUCUGUGAAUGAAAAAAGGCAGAAGAGACGGAGAGUCCCCUAACUGAGGAUUAUUGGACGUACAGGACAGCUUCUACACACAGAGCAGCCGUGUAAAGGAGUUUGGAUACUAGUGCAGGUAAAUCGUGGAGCUGCUGUUUUCUCAGUGUUUCAUACUAAGUUCACUUACCACAAGUUUUGGACUUUUUUCAGACAUGUGAAUGUUGCCUGCCUAAAGCACAUGGCUGGUUCAACAAGUUGAGCGUGGAUCUUUUGACUGACAAGUCCUAAAUAAGGAUCUUUUUUUUUUUAAUCUUUAAAUGUUUGGAACGGUCCAGCUGGGUCUAAACAUGUAUACCAGCACUCUACAAAUGGCUGUUAUGGGCCAAAAUCAAAAUCACAUGAAUUGCACCAAGAGCGAUGACUUCAAGUACCCUUUGUACAGCUCGGUUUUCAGCGUGGUGUUUGUUGUUGGACUUCUCUUCAACAUGGUGGCUGUGUAUAUCUUUGGGUGGACACUGAAGCUGCGAAACGAGACCACAACGUACAUGAUGAAUCUUGUCGUUUCGGACUCUCUCUUUGUCCUCAGUCUGCCUUUUCGGAUUGUUUAUUUCAUCAAGCGAGAGUGGAUGUUUGGAGAGGAGCUCUGCAAGAUUUCUGUGGCGCUGUUCUACACCAACAUGUACGGCAGCAUCCUAUUUCUCACCUGCAUCAGCGUUGAUCGUUUCCUGGCCAUCGUGCACCCAUUCAGGUCCCAGACUAUUCGUACAAAGAGGAAUGCCAAACUGGCCUGCUGUGCGGUGUGGGUAAUGGUUCUUUCUGGGAGUAUACCAACAGGGUUCCUUUUAGAUACCUCUUCACCAAUAAAUGUGAACUCCUCCGCACACUACUGCUUUGAAAACUACUCCAAAAAGCAGUGGAAAGCAGAGCUGUCCAAAGUGGUGGUGUUUAUCGAGACCGUUGGCUUCAUCAUCCCACUGAUGCUUAAUGUGUUCUGCUCAGUUAUGGUACUACGGACACUGAGGAGACCCCAUACAAUCAGCCGAGGAGGAAGUCUCAACAAAACAAAAAUCCUGAGGAUGAUUAUUGUGCAUCUGCUCAUCUUCUGCUUCUGUUUCAUCCCCUACAAUGUCAAUCUCAUUUUCUACGCCCUGGUUCGCUCCAAUAUACUAAAGGGAUGCGAUGCCGAACAUGUGGUCAGAACAAUCUACCCCAUCGCUUUGUGCAUAGCGGUGACCAACUGCUGUUUUGAUCCAGUUAUUUACUACUUCACCUCAGAGUCCAUCCAGAGCUCCAUCAAACGGAAGUCCACAGUUUGGCACAAUGGUGCCAGGCUGCUCGACAGGCUACAGAUGGACAGCUUGCAAAGCAGUCCAAACACAACACCUAAAAGCCUGACCCUGAAGUCCCCAAGAACCAAAGCGUUUGACAAUGAGUCGACAGUCUGACGACGACGACUUCAUUAUGUAAUGGGAUUUGUAAUUCGGUGAGCAUUGCGAGUAAAACCUGAUUUGUGUCAGAGGACGUAGGUGGAGGCAGAGUGGCCUUGAGGGAUCAUAACAACUCACAAACACACAGGUUACUAAGGAGUCACUUUCUGAUCUACUGGACACCACAAAGGCUUUAGACUGGGACUUAAGACGAGGAUCCCUUAGUCGAUAAAAUGUGGAACAAGCCAAAGAGGAGACGUUUGAAGAAAAGACAAUGUGUUGCAGAAAUAUGUGAUGACAAUUUCCAACACAGAUGUUUAAGUAUCUAUAAGGAGAUGCCAUUUUCAUGUACGUGGUGCUACAAGCAAAUAUGAGCUGAUAUUGUCUAUGUAGAGCAAAUUGUCCAGUCUUGAAAAUUACACUUUGGAAAAGCUCAACCAGUAUUAACGUCUUCAAAUGUUUGAACGGUGCAGUUUCUUAGUAACUGUCUACUCACUAAGACAAGCACUUUAUAGGACCGUCUGCUCUUUAAGAGGUUUUAUCUCUUAUUCUG